AUGAACCCAACCGUAGCAGCUAAAUUUAACAAAUCUAUUCUUUUACGAAAUACCGCGAUGUCUAGAUUAAAAGAAACUUUACGGGAAGGCGAAGGGGAGUUAGAUGAAUCAAGAAAAGCUAUCUUCUUGGCGAGAGCACUUCAAGUAGAUACCAAUUAUAAGGAAUUUCAAGAAUAUCACAAUUAUAUCAUAGGGUUAGUUAAAGAUGAGGAUUUUCCGGAACAUGACAAAAUUCGUUCAGAUACAGAUAUUAUUUUUUAUAAAAUAAAGGCGUUAUGUGCUAUAAUUAAUAAAUCUCAUAUACAUACAGAAAAUUCUAACGCAAAAACAAUACAAAAAUUACCAAAAAUUCAGAUCCCAAAGUUUGCUGGUGAUAUCAAGGAAUGGCCAGCUUUCAUAGACUUAUUUAAUUCAUUGGUGCAUAACAAUGACAGUAUCUCUAAAAUCGAAAAAUUUCAUCAUUUGAUAACUUCAGUACGCGACGAAGCUCAUAAUAUUAUUAAAGGUUUGCCGUUAGUUGAAAUUAAUUAUGACACAGCUUAUCAAAUUCUAAAAAAUAGAUACGAGAAUAAAAGAUUACUUGCUACAGCCUAUUAUCAACAAUUACAAAACGCCACUGCUUUGCAGCGCCCUAAUUCCAAAGAUUUAAGGUUACUUUUAGACACGUUUCACGAAAACAUUGAAUCUUUAAAGGUUCUCAAUUUUCCAGUCAAUUCUUGGGAUUUUCUAUUGUUUAAUAUGCUUUUGCAAAAGUUAGAUACCAAAACCCGGACAGAUUUUGAACUAGAACAUAGUGAAAUUGAGCUUCCUUCAUAUAAACAAUUAAUUACGUUUUUAGAAAAUCAAUCAAAGGCACUUGACUCGUUACAAUUAAUGUCUCCCAAGUCGAAGAUGGCAGCCGCUUCACCUACUCCACAAACUAUUAAACGUGGUUAUCAGAUUUCAAAUCUUUUAAAUACUGACGCAACCAAUACUUCACAAACGCAAUCUAGUACUAGAAAUACUUUGAAGUGUUCACAUUGUUCGGGGCCGCAUGGCAUAUAUAAAUGCACUGAAUUUUUGUCAAGACCAGUUCAAGAUAGAAUUCAAAUAGCUAGCACGAAGAAACUUUGUAAAAAUUGCCUUAGUUCUUUACACAAUACUUUUCAUUGCAAAUCUACAGCAAGAUGUCAUGUCUGUGAUCGCAGGCAUCACACUCUGUUACAUCUUAACGCAAAGGUUUUAUCAGUACCAAGUGAGGAUACUGUAAUUCCUUCGACUUCUUCAGAGUCCGUGAGCGCUAACGAAAUAACGCAAACGCAGUCAUUGAGCGUAAUGACUAAUAUUACUUCUAAUUAUCAAAUUUCGACAGUGCUUUUAUCGACCGCAGUUGUUAAUGUUAAAGACAUACGGGGUAAUUAUCAACCAGUUCGCUUAUUGAUUGAUUCUGGAAGUAUGAUCAAUUUUAUUUCCGAUAAUUGUGUUAAUCGGUUAGGUUUAAAACCCAAGCGUUCAUCGUUAACAAUUCAUGGAUUAAAUAAUAUGUCCACUCAGUGCAGUAAAGGAAGUGUGCUAUGCCACAUGCAACCUGCACAUGGCCAAAAUCCAAAAUUUAAUUUUGAAGCAUUGAUCGUGCCCCAAAUUUGUUCGAAGCAACCUCAAAUGGAAAUUGAUGUUUCAAAUUGCAAACAUAUCACCAAUUUAUGCCUCGCAGAUCCCAAAUUCCACAUACCUUCGUCUAUCGACAUUUUAAUUGGUGCUGAACUCACACCGUACAUAUUUAACAAAGAUCGCAUAUUUGGUACAGCCGAUCAGCCAGUAGCUAUUGACAGUAUAUUUGGUUGGAUACUACAGGGCAGCGCUUCGGUCCUUCGCAAUUCCAUCGACAAUGCAACUCCGUUUUCAUUUCACGUCUUCGCACAAAUUUCAUUGAACAGAACUCUACAAAAAUUUUGGGAAGUUGAGCAGGUUCCGAAGAGUACCGUAAUUCUGACUCCAGAGGAACAACUGUGUGAAACGAUUUUUUCUAACACAGUGAAACGAGAACCCAGCGGCAGAUUCAUUGUGUCUUUACCAUUUAAAGCUUCUCAGCCAGUUUUAGGCGACUCUUACAGUCAAGCAAAACGCAGAUUUCUUUCCUUGGAAAACAAGCUAGCUAAAAACCCAUCUUUACGGAUUGCAUAUGCUGAAUUUAUGAAGGACUAUCUCGAGAGUGGUCACAUGUCAGUACCUAGUUCGUGA